GCUAGAGGAAGCGCUGCCCCUGCAGCCGCAGCAGCCACGGCCACCGGGAGCUAGGAGUGAACCCCUGCGGGGGAGCAGCUUCCCCCUCGCGAUCGUGGGGACAGCCAGUCCUGUGAAACGAGGAGGCGGUUCCGGACGCCCAGAAACGCCCAGGGAGAACUGGAGCCGGGGGAAGAGGGGACAUGAGCGGCCAGCUGAGUCCAUCCCCAGGCGGCUAGGGGCGGACCCAGCAGCCCCUCAGCUCUCCUCGUAACCACGGGAGAGACGGGGUUUCACCGUGCUAGCCAGGCUGCUCUCCAACUCCAGACCUCAAGUGAUCUGCCCGCCUCAGCCUCCCAACGUGCUGGGCCGAUUCAGCUGUAUUUUAAAGCAAAGGUCCCCCCAGCACUCACAGCCAUCCUCUUUCCCAAUUAGGAACAAAAGAGCCAUGGUCAUGGCCCAUACCAUCUGUGUCCAACUCCUGAAGGCACCCCUGUGCGUUGUAUGAUCCAGUGUGAUCCUGGAUGAUUGGGGCUUGUCAUCAGGGAAUCCACAUCUCACUGGUAUCUUCCACCCCCAUGCACCUCCACCUACCUGGACACAUCCCAUUCCUCAGUGAAACAGUUUUGUCCUGAAGGGGCAGCAACAUUCCCUUAUAACAGCAUGAAGGUCGUUCUGGUGGAUUCCUUCAGGCCUUCUAGGGCCUGAGGGAGGUCUGAGGUCUGAUAUACACUUCAUUCCCACCCCCAACCCCUCAGAAUCUGAGAGAAUGGAGCCGAGUACCUGUAGGACCAUGGAAUCAGAGGAAGACUAUGUUGAGGAAAAGGAAUCUGAGAAGUGUGUUAAAGAGGGAGUUACCAACCCCUCUAACUCUUCACAGCAGGCUCUCUUAAAAGCUGACUAUAAGGCAUUAAAAAAUGGGGUUCCCUCACCCAUUAUGGCCACAAAAAUUCCAAAGAAAGUCAUAGCCCCAGUUGACACAGGCGACUUAGAAGCUGGGAGGAGGAAGAGAAGGCGGAAACGCAGAUCACUGGCCAUCAACCUGACCAACUGCAAGUAUGAGAGUGUGCGUCGGGCAGCCCAAAUGUGUGGCCUGAAGGAGGUGGGGGAGGAUGAAGAGUGGACUCUGUACUGGACAGACUGCGCUGUCUCACUGGAACGAGUCAUGGACAUGAAGAGGUUUCAGAAAAUCAACCACUUCCCUGGCAUGACAGAAAUCUGCCGCAAAGAUCUGCUGGCUCGGAACCUCAACCGCAUGUACAAACUCUAUCCCUCUGAGUACAACAUCUUCCCCCGCACCUGGUGCCUCCCCGCAGACUAUGGGGACUUCCAGUCCUACGGUCGUCAGCGAAAAGCCCGCACAUAUAUCUGCAAGCCAGACAGUGGCUGUCAGGGACGUGGCAUCUUCAUUACCCGAAAUCCCCGGGAGAUCAAGCCAGGAGAGCAUAUGAUCUGCCAGCAAUACAUCUCCAAGCCCCUCCUCAUUGAUGGCUUCAAGUUUGAUAUGCGAGUCUACGUCCUGAUCACAUCCUGUGACCCUCUCCGGAUCUUCAUAUAUGAGGAGGGCCUAGCCCGUUUUGCCACCACGCCCUAUAUGGAGCCCAGCCUUAACAACCUGGACAAUGUCUGCAUGCACCUGACCAACUAUGCUAUCAACAAACACAAUGAGAAUUUUGUCCGGGAUGGCGCCGUGGGCAGUAAGAGGAAGCUGUCGACACUCAACAUCUGGCUGCAAGAGCACAGCUACAACCCUGGAGAGCUGUGGGGGGACAUCGAGGACAUCAUCAUCAAAACCAUCAUCUCAGCCCAUUCUGUUCUACGCCACAACUACCGAACCUGUUUUCCCCAGUAUCUGAAUGGAGGUACAUGUGCCUGUUUUGAAAUCCUUGGUUUUGACAUCUUGCUGGACCACAAGUUGAAGCCCUGGCUGCUAGAGGUAAACCACUCUCCAAGCUUUACCACGGACUCAUGCCUUGAUCAAGAAGUAAAGGAUGCACUUCUCUGUGAUGCUAUGACCCUUGUCAACCUCCGGGGCUGUGACAAAAGGAAGGUGAUGGAGGAGGAGAAGCGGCGAGUCAAGGAACGGCUUUUCCAGUGCUACCGACAGCCACGAGAAUCUAGGUGUGCUAGGAAAGAAAAAACUGAGUCAUCCCAUGUGGCAAUGCUGGACCAGGAACGAUACGAGGAUUCUCACCUGGGAAAAUACCGGCGGAUCUACCCUGGGCCUGACACAGAGAAGUAUGCCCGCUUCUUCAAGCACAAUGGCUCCCUCUUCCAGGAGACCGCUGCUUCCAAGGCCAGAGAGGAGUGUGCCAGGCAGCAACUAGAGGAGAUCCGCCUUAAGCAGGAACAGCAGGAGACCUCGGGCACUACGAGGCAAAAGGCCAGGGACCAGAACCAGGGUGAAUCAGCUGGGGAGAAAAGCCGACCCAGGGCAGGGCUCCAGAGCCUUUCCACCCACUUGGCUUACAGGAACCACAACUGGGAGAAAGAGCUGCUGCCGGGACAGCUGGACACCAUGAGGCCUCAAGAAAUUGUGGAAGAGGAGGAGCUGGAGCGGAUGAAGGCCCUGCUACAAAGGGAGACUCUCAUCCGAAGCCUGGGUAUUGUAGAGCAGCUCACCCGUCUGCAGCACCCUGGCCCCCAGGGCCAGAAAAAACUUCAUGAGAGUCGGCCCAAGAACUUCAACUGGACAGGAGAGCCGGCAGCCAUCAACUCCUGUUCAUUGUCAAUGAAGAAGGCUGGGAGGUGCUAUUUUUCCAGUGCCAGAAUCAGGCUCACUAGCCAAGGACAAGCCAGCAGAAGGCUAGAAGCCAUAAACCGAGUCCUGGCAGGAUCAGUGCCACCCACUUUAACCCCAAAGCAGGGCUAUUUUCUGCAACCGGAAAGAGUGGCAUCUGACUCAUGGACUGAAUGCACCUUGCCCUCCAUGGUAAACUCUGAACACAGAGCAGCCAAGGUUCCCCUCUGCCCUGCGUCUGCACCCAUGCUGCAGCGUUCCAGAGCACUCCUCAACAUCAAUCAGUUCAGGUGCGGCCCGGGGCUGGAGGCCAUCCAGGAGACAAUGAGCCCCGUUCCCAGAGAAGCCGAGUGCCCAAGGCACUGGGCUGUCGCCGUCAGAAGACUGCCGAGCGGAAGCCCUGCCCACCGAGGUGGCGGAGACAGGCAGGCCUGGGCAGCCGCUGGGGCGGAGGGACGGCUCUUGGAAACGGAAUCCGUACUUUAAUAAAGUUUAUACAGUUUUC